AAUACCCAUCCAGAUAAGAAAAUGAGAUGAAGAAGGCCGGAUUCUCAGUCUCAAUUGUGUUCAUCAACACACCUAUCACACUCCUACAACGCCUCAUCAUCAACCAGCAUUGCAUUGACGUGAUAUUGCAUCAUUGGACUAUUAAAAACCGCUCGUUUCAACAUGGCUGAGCAAAUUACAAGAAUCACACUUUUCAAGGUUCCCGACGAAGAAAAUCAGAACAAGAUACUGGCACUUUACCGGCAAAUGCCUCAAAAAGCCUUGAAAGAUGGCAAGCCUUACAUACUCUCUGUAAAGGCCGGUCUGGCCGUUGCGGAUCAAAGAGCUCAGGGCUUCACUGUGGCAGCUGUGUCUACAUUCGCAUCCAAGGGAGACAUGGACUACUACGAUAAUGGCUGCGCGGCACACCAGGAAUUGAAGAGUAUUGCAAAGAAUGCUCACCAAGGCUUUGCCAUGGUAUUCUUCCCGGAUCGGGUAGAGCAACAGUAGACAGCAGGACUUCCAGUCAAUCUCUCACGAAGAUAUUCUUUUCUUUAU